CUGCACUUCCAUCCUAGCGUCGGCCUCGUGUUGUGAGACAGACCAUCCGGCUAAGUAGUAACACUGUAUUAUUCACAGAAGACUGGCUCAUCGACUAACCAGUGACUCAUGUCUCAAGUCUACUUGACUAUCUACCGACGGACAAAUAUUCGUCCCUCAAACGUGCAGGUAAAGACCAUAUUCUCCAUCGAUGAUUGGAUCACUGUGCAUAUUGACAUUGCUGCUGGCUGGCCGCAUUGCAGCACCGAGCCGUGAGAAAAUCAGGCCAUGGACGGACUACUCUGCUCCACCAAUUCGCACAGCUGUAGAUGUUGAUCUGACAUCCUCGUCAGAUCCAGAUGCCAUCCAGUCAGAUGGAGACAUUUUACUGGGCCCGAGAACUCCCGAGAGGUUGCAGGCUCCCGCUCCGUUGUCAAGGUCACAUUCGGUGAGCCCAAAGCGGACAAGCCUGAACAGGAAGGAUCGGGAGAAAACGGACACCGGAAACAUUGGCAUCUCCGCUCGGUCAUGUGAUGCCCGUCGCUCCAAAGCGGAUCCUUUCAGUCUGCGGAUUGCCAAAAGGCUGGCCCGAAACGAGGAAGGAACCGUCUCAGUCAUCCAUCUCAAGACAAUCCUUCCCGGGGAGCUCACGCCUGAAGCCGUGAAGCCAGCCCUCCAAUCGGGCCAUCCUCGUACUCAUGCGAACUGGGGGGAAAUGAAAUUGGCUGCCAGUCUGGCAUGGUGGGAUCCAUUGAUCUGUCAGCCAGUAGAAGGUGAACACAACACCGUCCAGGCAACUCGGACGAGGGAGGGGGGUCCUGUCCGGAGACCCGGACAAGCCCAUGGGAAUCAUUUCACGGGGAGGGUGGGUUUUCCCCAGAAAAUUGACCUAGGUUUGGGUCAAUGGAAGUGGCGGGCCCCGAAAUCGGCGGGGCAGGGGUACGGGAAAGCUACUAGGCAGUAAGCUACGGGUGAAUGUAACGGAGAGAAGGCAGCCUAAAAGACUGUACUAGAGGGAACGUGG